AUUUGUUGUGAGUGUAGCGUUAGAUGGUAGGGUAUUUGUAUGUUUUAAAGAAAAUUAUGAGUUAUACUCCAGUCUAGUAGGUGGCGGUAAUGCAACAUUUGUUGGAUGCCAAUCGCCGUUAAACCUCAUCGAAUAAGAAAUUUUUACGUUUCAGUAUUAACAUUUGUCUUUAUAUAUUCGUGAGGUUGUUUGGCGACUGAAGUUUACUUCCAGAGGCUUGCUUCCGAGUGUCGUUACUUAGGGUGUGGACGGAGCGCUUUCUGUGAGACAGCAGAUCCUAGUAAAGGAGCAGAUCUGUGUCUGUGUCUCUGUGUCUCUGCUGAGUCACUGCAAGCUGGAAGGAGCACUAGGCUAGCGGAGCAGACGACAGCAGAGCACCAUGACCCACCGGCUGUUUGAGGAGAAACACCAUGCCUCCAUCUACCAGAGGUACCGCUUUGUACCCCCAGAGGAGAUCAGAGACAUCAUCCUGCAGUACCUGGAAAGGAAGAAAGCCCAGCCUCAUGCUCUAGCUGUGGACCUGGGCUGUGGGACGGGGCAGAACUCACGCCUGAUGGCCCCACACUUCCAGGAGGUGGUGGGCAUCGACAUUAGUGAGUGCCAACUGGAGGAGGCCAGGGCAGUGGCAGGGUUCAACAACAUCACCUACAGGAAAGGGACAGCAGAGGAGCUGCCGUUUCCGGAUGGUUCUGUGGACCUACUGACUGCAGCCUCAGCAGCCCAUUGGUUUGAUCAGCAGCGGUUCCUCUUGGAGGCAGGCCGGGUCCUGAAGCCUUGCGGCUGCAUGGCUCUGCUUGGCUUUGCUGAUAACUUCAGACUCCAUUACUGCUCAUGUGGGGACAGACUCACUGACAUCUGUGAUGAGUUCAAGAAGGUGCUGUUACCAUACACCAGCACACAGGUAGCAGUGUCCAACACCAAACUAAGGGAGCUUUAUGCUGCUAUCCCCUUCCCUGACAAAGAGAGGAUUGAGUGUAUCCCACUGAAGCAGCAGAUCUCAGUGAGGAACAUAGUGGGCUUCAUGGAGUCCUUCUCCACGUACCAGGCCUUCCAGAGGGCCGAGCCUGAUGCUGCCACCGCACUGCUGCAGAGAACACUCGACAGGUUUCUGAAGGAGAUGGGAGUCACAUCACCAGACACACUCAUUGAAGUGACGCUGGAGUAUUUCUGUGUCCUGGCGUCUAAACCAGAGUGAACACUCUUUAUAGUGUGAAUGUGUUUGUGUGGAGACAGAUGUGUCUUUAGCUUGUGUCAAUCAUGUUUAAGCUGUUGUUAAUAGAAGUAGUAGUAUUCUGUUCACAUAAGAUGUCAUUGAAGUCCCUUUGGUUUUGUCUCAUUUCUUUUAUACAUUGUAAUGUAGAGUAAACUAUUAGCCUUAGUAAUAUCAUUACCAAAAUGCUUGCCACAUUUAGUAUCUUCCUUGCCUGAGAUUGACAAUAAAAUGUGUCUGCAGACACAAUUGUAAA